GAUAAGAGCAAAAAAGGAGUUCUGCUUCCCAAGUAAAAAAACAUCAAAUCGGUUGAUCCAGCACCGGAGAGUGGCGGAGACAACUUGUUCCGCUCAACUCAUGACGACAGCUGGAAAUUGGUUCGCCGCCGACGAAGGCAAUGGAAGAAGCUCGCGCCAUUCACUGGAUAGGCUCCCGGACAGCAUAAUCUGCGAGUUUCUGCAAAAGCUGGACUUGGAAUCUCUCUGCGCCGCAGCCUGUGUGUCCCGCACCCUCCGCUCCGCCGUCUAUCAAGUUCUUGCUUCUCUUUCCUCUCUCGAUCUCACUGCAUUUCCCCUAGACCCCAAGACUCUGCAACUUAUUGUAGGCAGAUUCGAAGGGGUGAAGAGUGUAGCUGUUGAUUGCCUCCGCGUGGUUGAUUUUGAUUUUAUUAAUAUCUUGGGAGCACAAAUCCGGGAACUGAAUUUGUUAAAGUGCUCUUCGCCAUUCCACAACACCCUUAGCACAAUCGGUAUGAGGUUCCCAAAUUUAAGGGUUCUUUCGAUUGAAUUAGCUGGUCAAGGAUUACCAGAAGUAAUUACCAAACACCUAGCGACAAUGCUUAAGGAUGUUUCCUACCUCGAGUCUCUAUCUUUAAAAGUUCACGUAACUGAAGAUGAUACAUAUAUAUUUCAAUCUGUUCACCUCUUUCUACCAAAAACUCUCAAAAGUUUGAAGUUACAACCAGUGGAUCAACAGCAUUUUAUCCAUUCCUUAGUACCUACUGUAACCAUUUUUACCAAACAUCUAUGCUCCUAUAGUUCGUUCUUCAAUUUGAAGAUUUUGUCACUUGUGCUAGAUUUUAUUUCUGAUGAACUCGUGUUCUCUAUUGUAAAUUUUCUUCCCUUUUUGGUUGAACUGGGCCUUGAAGAUAGACCACACUUGGAGCCACCAAUGCAUCUUGACCUCACCAAUGCUGGGCUUCAGUCUCUCGGCGCUUUGGAACAAUUAACAGUCCUCUCAAUCAUACGGAGCAAAAUAAACCUUCCAGUUUAUUUCAGAAGAGUUAACGAUAUGGGGAUGCUUAUUCUUUUCGAGAACUGCAGAGGCUUGGAAUCCUUGAAGCUCGGUGGGUUUUCGAAAGUUACAGAUGCUGGUUUCUCAGCAAUUUUACAUUCGUGCCAGAAGUUGAAAAAACUUGACCUUCGUUAUGCACUUCUCUUGUCAGACCUCGCGUUCCACAAUGUGAAGGAGGUUGCUAGUUCUCUUGUCAAGUUAAGGUUAUUGUCAUGUAAUCUUCUCACUAGUGAAGCUCUAGAAGAACUCUCAUCUUUUGGCAAACUGGAGGUUCUUGACCUGUCUGGUUGCAGAAGCAUUGCAAACCCUUGCCUUAGCUAUGUAUCAAGCCUUCGUACACUCACCAGUUUAAGUUUAGCUGGUUCCGAUAUCACUGAUGAGGGUCUGGCUAUACUUGGUAGAGGCAGCUCACUGAUCACACAUUUAUGCCUUAAAGGUUGCAAGAGAAUAUCUGAAAAGGGAAUUCACAAGUUAUUUCACGGCGAAGGGAAAAUUGGGAAUGGAUUGUUAUGUUUGGAUAUUAGCUACAUGGCCGGGAUUUCUGAUGCAGCGAUUGAAACAAUUACUUCUUCUGCUAAAGCAUUGACCGAUCUGUGCAUGAGGUAUUGUUUCUUUGUGACUAAUGCAGCCGUGGAAAUGUUAGCAUCUAAGGGAAAGUUGAAUGACGAGAGUACCCCUCUUCGAAAACUUGAUCUUUGUAACUGCACCGGUUUAUCGGAUGAUUUAGUUGAAACUUUUGAUGAGGCUUUCUUCCCUGGUUUGCACUGGCUUGGUGUUGGUUUUACUGUCUUGAAGAGUAGAAAAGAUCACUUUGAGGCUAUCUGGGCUUCACGGCCGUGGUUGACUGUGUGUUUUGAUGGCUGCGAAUUGGGAUGCCAUGAUGGGUGGCAAUUUCACGUUUGAUGGCCUAUGCAGCUUGAGCCGGGGUGGUCUCAUGGAAACAGUCUCUCUACUUUCAAAUAAGAGCAAGGUCGGCGCCACACCCCUAGACCCUAUUCUUGUGGGUCCCAACUCCCAAGUGUGUUAUUGUUCUUCAGCAAAGCAUGAAACAUAAUGAGAUUGUGAGACCUGAAAUAGAAGUGCUUGGAGAUAUUUGAAAUAGGAUGAUGUCUCAAUUACUCCUCGGCAAGCACUUAUGAAAUCAAAUGUAGUGUUAUGU